AUCUUGAGCGAACUUCCCCCGCACGAGAACAUCAUCCGCUGCUUCGGAUUUUCCAUCGAUGCUCCACAGCGUCCAGGCGGCAGUGGCAUGGUGAAGCUUCUGCUGGAGCUUUGCAGCGGUCAUCUGUUGGACUUCCAGGACUCCAAAGGUGGAAAGUUGUCGCCCAAGGAGAUGAUGGACCCCUUCGUGCAGGUGGCCGAAGCUGUCCGACAUCUGCACGCACAGCGGCCCCCCAUACAGCAUCGUGACCUGAAGGUCGAGAACGUUCUUCAGGGCAGUGACGGGAACUGGAAGCUCUGCGAUUUCGGUUCUUGCAGUACGGCCUGUGUUCCAGGUCACGAGCUUCCGAGGGGCGAGCUCCAACGCCUGCAGGAGGAAAUCGACAAGACCGUGACAAUGCUGUACAGGCCCCCCGAAAUGGCGGACGUACAGCUGAACUACCGGAAGGGCUAUACCAUUACGGAGCAAGUCGACAUUUGGAUGCUGGGCUGCAUCCUGUAUACCCUGGCUUUCUACCGGCAUCCCUUCCAGGAUAAUGCUACACCCAUGGCAAUUUGGAAUGCCAAGUACUUCAUUCCCUCGGAGCACCCAAUGGCCAGGAGCGCGAAACUCUGCGCUCUGAUCCACUGGCUGCUGGCAGCAGACCCAAAGGACCGGCCCUCGGCCCCGCGGGUGCUGGAGGCGGGCGACUCGUUCAAAGCCCUCAGGAUGUUCCCGUGA